GGCGGGACGGCGCGGCGGCGGCGUCAACGGGCGGGCGCGGGGCGCGUGUCAUGGCGGAGCUGGCGCAGGGGCAGAGCGCGGCGCCUGUGGGGAUCAAGCCCGAGGGCUUCGUCGAUGCUCUGCACCGGGUCCGGCAGAUUGCUGCUAAGAUUGGAGAUAUUCCUCAUUUGAAUAAUUCUACAACACUCGUGGACCCGUCAGUUUACGGUUAUGGAGUGCAGAAACGGCCCCUUGAUGAUGGAGGUCUCCGUGUAAGUGGGCUCCAUGGAGCACAGAUAAGAGAUACAGAGAGAAUAGGUAACCAGUUAGGGGCCCUGGUACAUCAAAGGGCUGUAAUAACAGAAGAUUUCAAAGUGCCUGAUAAAAUGGUUGGAUUUAUAAUCGGCAGGGGAGGGGAGCAGAUCUCACGGAUUCAGAUCGAGUCUGGCUGCAAAAUUCAAAUUGCUCCAGACAGUGGUGGGAUGCCUGAGAGGCCCUGUGUGCUCACCGGGACACCAGAGAGCAUUGAACAAGCAAAACGGCUACUGGGGCAGAUUGUAGAUCGCUGUCGGAACGGACCUGGUUUUCACAACGAUGUUGAUGGCAACAGUACGAUUCAGGAGAUUUUGAUCCCGGCAUCCAAAGUGGGUCUAGUCAUCGGCAAAGGAGGUGAAACAAUAAAACAGUUGCAGGAGCGAACAGGUGUGAAAAUGAUUAUGAUCCAAGAUGGUCCAAUGCCUACUGGAGCAGAUAAACCUCUCCGUAUUACUGGAGAUGCAUUUAAAGUACAGCAAGCAAGGGAAAUGGUACUGGAGAUCAUCCGAGAGAAAGAUCAGGCAGACUUCCGAGGCGUACGCAAUGAUUUCAGUUCUAGAAUGGGAGGAGGCAGCAUAGAGGUCUCUGUGCCCAGGUUUGCUGUUGGAAUUGUAAUAGGAAGAAAUGGAGAAAUGAUCAAAAAGAUUCAGAAUGAUGCUGGAGUUAGGAUUCAAUUUAAACCAGAUGAUGGGAUUAGUCCUGAAAGAGUCGCACAGGUCAUGGGGCUUCCCGAUAGGUGUCAACAUGCAGCACACAUCAUCAGCGAGCUUAUUCUUACAGCACAGGAACGAGAUGGCUUUGGAAGUUUGGCUGUAGCCCGGGGAAGAGGUCGUGGCCGUGGGGACUGGAGUGUUGGAACACCUGGGGGCAUGCAGGAAAUAACCUACACGGUGCCAGCUGACAAGUGUGGUCUCGUUAUAGGCAAAGGUGGUGAGAACAUCAAGAGCAUAAAUCAGCAGUCAGGAGCUCACGUGGAGCUCCAGAGAAACCCACCUCCAAACACAGACCCUGGCGUACGAAUAUUCACAAUCAGAGGAGUUCCCCAGCAAAUUGAACUCGCUAGACAUCUCAUAGAUGAGAAAGUUGGUGGUACCAGCAUGGGUGGACCUGGAGGAUUUGGUCAGAGUCCGUUCAACCAAGCACCCACUACACCUCAUCAAAAUGGUCCUCAGGCGUUCAUGACGCAGGGUUGGGGCAGUACCUACCAGACGUGGCAGCAGCCUGGACAGCAAGUCCCAAGCCAACAGAGCCAGCAGCAGAACAGCCAUCCCGAUUACAGCAAAGCAUGGGAGGAAUAUUACAAAAAACAGAGUCAUGCUGCCAGCGCUGCUUCUCAGGCAAGCUCCCAGCCGGACUACACGAUGGCCUGGGCAGAGUAUUACAGACAGCAGGCUGCCUACUAUGGGCAGACACUAGGGCAGGCGCAGGCCCACAGCCAGGAGCAGUAGAACAACGUCCUCGUGGCCAUCGUCGCUAUUUGGUUUCUCCCUCGGAAUCAUUGUGGAAGAAAACCUUUUUGUAACAGAGGUUUCUAGAUUUGCAACGUUUUGAUGAAGACUUUUCUGUUUGUUUGUGAAACACUAGCUGUAGGAUAAUCCAUACUGAACUUUUCUAAGAAUCAGGAGCAAUUAGUAACGUACUAAACUUACGGACAUGCUGGUAAUUUUGUUUCUAAAUUUAUACAAAACAGCAAAAAAAAAAAAAAAAAAACCAUAAAC